GAAAGACCGUCUCGUUAUUUUGUGCUUUCUGCUAAACAGCGGACUCGUCUGAGGUUCUGUGUCUUUUACAGCACAGACAUGGCAGCAGCAACUAUGUUCAAGGGCAACGCUCCAGCUGGCAUUUACCCACCAAUAGCAAAGCUUAACCCUGCUGCGGACCCCCGAAGAAUGCGCAGGAUUAUAGCUGAAGAUCCAGAGUGGUCUCUAGCUGUGGUGCCCUUGCUUACAAACCUGUGCCUUCAGCACAUAGUGAAACAUUUUGAAGAAAGGCCGAUUCUGGAUGAGCUUGUGCCCGAUCAGAAGGCGUUUGUCCUGGAGAAACUUCCUCCAUCUCUGCCUCUGAGUGUAACAGCCAACCUGAUCAGCGAUGAGGGUUACUGGAAACGCUGCUGCGAGGGCCGCUGGGGCGUAAGCGAUGUCUCUGAAUACAGCCACAGCUGGAAGCGCAUGUUCUUUGAGCGUCAUCUGGAGAACAUCAUUGAACUUUUCAUUCCAGAUGUAACUGACCCCAGAGCAGUGCUGGAUGUCGUGCCACUCUGUCAAAACUACGUGAGGAGGUUGAAGAUAUCUCAGCUUCUUCCACCUAUAAAAGAACCGCCAAAGUUUGAUGAGGACGACGCUUCAGACUCUGCCAGCGAUGUGGGCAACGACAGGCCAUCCAUGGAUCACUUUGACUUCAGAAUCCUGCUGGACAAACUGACCAACCUGGAGGAAUUGCAGCUGGUUUAUGGGGUUAAAGGGUGUGGCAUGAACUUCGAAUGGAAUCUGUUUGAGUUCACUUUCCGUGACUGUGAAUUCCUGGCCAAGGCCUUGAAAUCCUGCAAGUCUUUGAAGGUUCUCAGAAUAAAUCAGAGCAAAGUGGACGAUGAGAAGUGUCGGAAGCUGUUGAGUUACCUGCUGGACCAUCCCUCUCUGCUGGAGCUUGACCUCUCGCACAACCUCAUAGGCGACAGAGGAGCAAGAGCCAUUGGCAAGCUCCUGAACCGCAGCCGUCUGGAGCGCCUGGACAUUUACGACAACCAGAUCCGGGGCUCAGGAGCCCAGGCUUUAGCCCACGCUCUUUCCAAAAACACCUCCCUACUAUACCUCAAUUUGAGACUUAACCGGCUGGGGGAUGAAGGUGGCCAGGCUGUGGCCCAGGCCCUGCUGAAGAAUGGCACUCUGCGGAACCUUAAUCUGGGAGCCAACGAGCUGACAGAGCCCACAGCCACAGCGAUGUCCCAUGCUUUAGUGCAAAACUCAACACUGAGGAGCCUCAACCUGUCCUGCAACAGACUAGGAGUGGAUGGAGGGAAGGUGCUGGAGGAGGGAAUGUCUCACAACAGCAGCCUGCUGGAGUGUGACAUCCGCCUCACUGACGUUGGGCUGGAGAGUGAGUACUGCAUUGGAAAGGUUCUGCGCACCAACCAAGCUAAAGUCCGCCGCAAACGCACACAGGCCGUCGCUGCCUCCAGAUGAGCAAGUGUCAAAUGUGCUUCAUUUAUUUACGGAAAUCACACUGAGAACAGGAAAACGAAGCAAAAUGUAAACUAUGAUCCAAAAAUGAAAUGUAAAACAAACCAACCACUUCUGUGUUUUAUUUUUGUUAAAGAAAACGAAAUAUAAAAUAGGCAAAAUUUAAGAGGAUACGCGUAUACACUGUGCAAACGUCAGACCUUCAUUCGUUUAAUUUCCAGACAAAACAGGACAAGAUAUUCAUGUUUCAGCCUUGGAAAAAACUUCACACAGAAGCCGUAACAUCUAAACAUAAUAUCAGAUGUCUGAGUGUUUAGUGUGCCACUCUUUACCUUUAUUACUGCUUCCGUUCUUUUUAGGAGACUCACUUUCAGUUUCUCAAAGAAUCUGCAGACACACCUCCAAAGUUCAGUCUUAGAAGUUGGUUG